GACUCAUCAAGAGGCCAGCUCAUCUCACGUCAAGGAAAAGUCAAGGGAAAUCUGGGGACUAUAAUAAACGAAGCGGCAUAUGUGAGGUGCAACAGCACACUGGCCACAACGUCUUCAACAAACAACACCACCUCACACAACCGGCAACCAUGUUGGGGCCAAGAAAUGAGCGGGUAUUCGACCCGAACGCGUCCAUUGUUCUCGUUGGAUGUCGAGGAGCUGGAAAGCGCACCCUCGGAUUCAUGGGCGCCCUUCAUCUGCGCCGCCGCCUGGUCACCGAGGACCACUAUUUCGAGAAGCUCACUGGCAUGUCCCGCGGCCAGUUCCUCCUACAGCACGGGAAGGACCUCUUUGCACGCCAGGAUGUUGAAGUUUUCAAGCACAUGCUCGACAGCAACAGGACCGGAUGCAUCAUUGAGUGCGGUAUGAGCAGUCUCUGCGAGGAGGCCCAAGACGCCUUGCGCGAGUACUGCAGGACGAAUCCCGUCGUCUACAUCCACAGAGAAAGGGAGCAAAUAGCAGCUUUGUUGGAUGCGACGGAUGCCACGGCCCUUCUCAAGGCAGAUGAGAAGCAUAGGGAGUGCUCCAACUUCGAGUUCUACAACCUGGAUGACUCGGCAACCCAUUUCGUCGGUACCUCCACGGCAGCAGACAGUCGACAGCCGGUUCCAUCAAAACUGCUCAAUGUUCGGGAAGACUUUACGAAAUUCCUGGAUCAGAUCACCGGCAGAGGCGCAACCAAAGCAUGGCUGGAAAGCCCCUUUUCGGUUGCCGCCAUUCCGCCCGAGUUCCGAUCCUAUUCAUAUGCUCUGCGCCUUCGCCUAUCUUACCUCCAGGAAAUGGAUAUGGAAUUGGAAGAGUUUGAGGCCACUGGUGAUUGUGUCGAGUUCAUUAUCGAUCAGUGGCCCGAUGAUGUUGUGGAAGUGGUAUCAAAGCAGGUGGCCCUCCUCAGGAGGAAAUUGGGGCUGCCCAUCAUUUAUCACGUGGAAGAGAACCCUAGAGGACAACGACGAAGGGCACCUGAGGAAAAGAACCCAGUGGACUCGGAUCUUCUUGAACUAGGUCUACGACUGGGCGUCGAGUAUCUAAGCCUGGACUUGCAGCGCGACGAGUCUCUCAUACAGCGUGCACUCCGUUACAAGGGCCGGUCCAAAGUCAUAGGAAAUUACUGGUACAUGGGCUUCGGGGCUCCUCCAUGGCACGACGACCAACACAUCGAGAACUAUCAACACGCCCAGUGUCUCGGCUGUGACCUGAUCCGGAUGGCCCGCUUCUCAACCGGCGACAGUCCCGUCGAAUACCUCGAAUCCUUCAAGAAGCGAGUCGAACAAACCAUCCCCAGCCCGCGCCCACCCCUAGUAGCCUACGACUUCUCCGUCCUCGGCAUCCGCACCCCCCUACAGAGCAAGAUCCUCAACCCCGUCAAGCACCCCGACAUGGACACCGAACAAGACUUCCUCGCCAUCAUCAGCACCUACCGGCAGUCCUACGGCCUCGAGUUCCAACAAUUCCUCCUUGACCCGCUCGAGUUCUACGUCACCGGCUCCAACGUCUCCUGGUCCCUUUCCCCCGCCAUGCAAAACGCCGCCUACGAGUUCUCGGGAAUGCCGCACACCUUCCAGGCCGUCACCUGUUCUACCUUGGACCGGCUCACCCAGAUUUGUCUGUCCGACACCUUCGGCGGCGCUCUUCUGACUGCCCCUUUCAAAGUAGCCAUCAUGCCCCAGCUCAAAGUCAAGUCGCACCACGCCACCGCCAUCGGCGCCGUCAACGUCGUGCUGCCGCUCAGAGGCAAGACUAACGCGAUUCUGGAUCAUGCAAACUCUCGCAACAAGGCCGGUGCGGCGCAGGAGUUCUUUGGUGAUAAUACCGAUUGGAGCUCCAUCUUUACCUGUCUGCGUCGCGCUCUUAGUCCGAGGAACUACGUUCAACCGUCCAAGACCACCGGCCUGGUCAUCGGCGCGGGCGGCAUGGCGCGCGCAGCUAUUUACGCGCUUAUUCAGCUUGGUUGCAGGAAUAUUUUCAUCUAUAACCGGACGGUGGAGAGGGCCAGGGAGGUGGCGGAGCACUUCAACAGUUGGGCGAAGGGGCAGCAGGGGAUGGUCAUCGCGAAACCGGGUGCGCAUGGGUCGCAACUACCGACACUGGAGAUUUGCAGGGUCAUUGAGAGGUUGGCGGAUCCGUGGCCAGAAGGCUAUCAGUUGCCUACGAUGGUAAUUUCGUGCGUUCCCGCGACGAGUCUGGAUGGGACGCCGCCGGCGGAUUUUGUGAUGCCGGUGGGGUGGUUGGGAAGUCCGACGGGGGGUGUGGUUGUUGAGCUCGCCUACGAACCACUCAUCACGCCCCUAGUCGCCCAAAUGUACGCCUACCGAGACCAAGUUAACCCCUCCUGGGUAGUCGUCGAUGGUCUCGAGGUCGUCGCGGAGAUGGCCAUCGAGGCCUUUGAGCUGAUGACGGGACGGAUGGCCCCCAAGAGGCUGAUGAAGGAGGUCUGCAGGAGAACAUGGGAGCAACAGCAGCGAGGUGGUGGUGAUGGGGCUUCGGGGUUAGUUUUGUGAGGAGUGAAUACCUACUUUACCUGCUUUUUUCUUCUUUUGAUGGAUCACAGACCUGAACGAGCUGGAGGAUGUGAACAUUGAGUGAGUGACUAAGACGGUUCUAAUGUUGACGCUCAAAAUUCUUCGGCAAGUCACCUUAUAUAUAUAGGUAACAACAACCAGAGUAUCUUUCGCUUUCC